CACCCCUCUCUUGUGUGUCUACUGCUUGGGGCUUAGUUGUGGCAAAAAUUUUGCAUCUGUACAAGUUUGAUUGUUUGCUUGUAAUAUAUUUCCGUUCUUAUCAAUUUAAUAGAAAAAUUAGUAAAUAAUGCGUUUUCGAACCAGUCAGAUAUAGGCGUAAAUUUAAAGGACUGAAAAACCAUAAGUCAUCGAAAAUUUAACGAUAUGAUUAAAGUUCCAUUGAGAUGUUUGUAUUUGCCCAAGAGGCUUCUGCAGACAAAUCUUAUUUCGACCCAGCAGAGUGAUCAACGAAUCAAAACUCAAAACAGAAUUACAAACUCAUUUCGUACUUAUAGCAGUAAAUAUGAAAAAUAUGGCAAUAGUAGAAGUGGCGGAAGUUUCUGGGAACCAGAUAAAAGAGGUGGAUUUGCAUCAAAGGACGAUUUGACCACUUGGCAACAUGCAGUACGAGGUGCAAAGAUGGUUCCCAAUGAAACCAAAAAGCUGUACAAUGAACUUACGGAUUACCUCAGUACAGACUUACCCAUUGAAGGAUGUCCACAAGAUAAUGUUGUUGAUAAGUUUUUUGAAUUCGGUAAUCCGGAAAGUCUUGAACGCUGGGAUGUAUCCUGUGACCAGGAUUAUGAGGGAGGAUUUAGUACUGCAAACCUAUCUUUAAUGCCAUCAGGAACUGGUUUGUUCUCUGGCCAUAUUUCUACUCAACUUCCCAAAACUGGGGAGAUAGAAAAUACAGGUUAUGCAAAUUUGAGAUAUAUACCAGAUCUGCGAGCAUUUGGUCGUGGUAAAUAUUACUUCUUUGGUGGUUACACUCACAUGGUACUACGUGUGCGGGGAGAUGGUAGAAAUUAUAUGCUCAACCUCCACCCUCAUGUACAUUUUGAUCUUGAAUGGUUCAAUUUGUUUUCCUAUGUUCUUCACACAAGAGGAGGGCCUUAUUGGCAGGAGACAAGGAUACCCUUCUCAAAAUUCUUCCUCCACCAUAAAGGGCGAGUACAGGAUAAACAAUUUCCUCUUGAUACAACUGACGUCAAAAACAUUAGUAUAACUUUAAUGGACCAAAAUGAAGGUCCAUAUAGUCUUGAAGUUGACUACAUAGGAUGCGUUCGUGACCCAAAUCAUAAAGAGAUAUUUGCUUAUGAAUCGUACCAGGUUGAGAGAUGGACUCCCAGAAAUUAAAUACCUUUCAGAUUGUGAAGUUUUAAUUAUAAUAGGUAUACAUAACACCCAGAUGUCUUGAUUUCUCACUUUUUCCAUUCAUAAUUGUAACAGUCUUAAGUGCUGCAUGAUACAUUUAAAAUGUAUAAUAUGAAAUUGAAAAAUAAAUUACGUAUAUAAAAACAAA